CCGCUGCCUGUGUGUCCCACUUCCCUUCCUUCCCCCGCUGCUGCCGCUGCUGCUGGAAAAACGCCACAUCUGACAGGGAGGGAGUGAAAAGGAAGAAAACCACAACAAGGGGAGCGUGAUCGGCGACAUCAAGAUGCUGGCGCUAAUAAAUCGGCUUUUGGACUGGUUCAGGUCCCUGUUCUGGAAGGAAGAGAUGGAGCUGACGCUGGUCGGCCUGCAGUACUCUGGAAAAACAACAUUUGUAAACGUGAUCGCUUCUGGUCAUUUCAGCGAAGACAUGAUUCCCACAGUCGGCUUCAACAUGAGGAAGGUCACGAAAGGAAACGUCACCAUCAAGAUCUGGGACAUAGGAGGACAGCCCAGGUUUAGGAGCAUGUGGGAGAGGUACUGCCGGGGAGUAAAUGCAAUUGUGUACAUGGUUGACGCUGCAGAUCGAGAAAAGGUGGAGGCCUCCCGGAAUGAGCUUCAUAACUUGUUAGACAAACCUCAGUUGCAAGGAAUUCCUGUUUUGGUACUCGGCAACAAAAGGGAUCUCCCCAACGCUUUAGAUGAAAAACAACUCAUUGAGAAAAUGAAUCUAGCAGCUAUUCAGGACAGAGAGAUAUGCUGCUACUCCAUUUCCUGCAAAGAGAAAGACAACAUUGAUAUCACACUUCAGUGGCUCAUCCAGCACUCGAAGUCUCGCAGGAGCUGAAUGCUGCAUUUUUUUCUCUCUCUCUGCUGUAUUCGCCAUGUUGCUGUCAUGUCACGUCCUCACCACUGCGCAACGAUGUACAGCCACAUUUUCACUUUACCUGCUGCACUGUUUUGCUCGUUUCACACUUUUUUUUUCCCUUCCCCACUCAGUGAUUCUUUCACGAACUCAUAAUGCACUACUUAAACUUCUGGUUCCAGAUUUAGGGAAAGAAAUUUGCAUUAUACAUCAAGUGAAACUGUAAUUUACAGCAAAAUAAAAGACUGAUUUCUUAGUUUUUACCUCACAGGCAUUAACCAGGGGAUAUUUACCCGAUAGUGGGUAUAAUAAUCCAUACACCCGGAGAAAGGUAAUGUCCAGUAGACUUCACACAAUGAGAAAUAUUCUUCAUACGGCUGAGUGUGAUGCCAGAAUGUGAAUGAUUUGGACCUCAUUUCUAUCGUGCUCUGUUCCUGUGAUUGUCCUUGACGACCGUCACCCCUCGCUUGGAUCAGUGCGCGUCUUUUUUUCUUUUAGAAAAUUAUGCAUUCUUGUCAAUUCAAGCAGAUCUGUACAAAUAUCUUGCUAGUAUGAUUUUUACCAAUGUGGGAUGUGUGUGUAUGAAUAUAUGAUUCUAUUUAAAGUCUGAAUGUACCAAAAGUAAAGCUGUACAGGCCUGUGUGGUUCAUAUUAGCCUCUGUGUAUAGUAGCCUCAGUGGAAUGAUGUCCUCUGUGCUGCUUCGAGGCUGAGGGAGUGGCAGAAAUUAAAGUGCCUUGUGCAGCAUCUCUCUCCUCUGAACAAAGCAGCAUGUAAGGUGGGCCUACCUGCGUAGAGCCAAAAGCAAUUCCACCUCAAUGUGUUAGAAAAUAAAAAGGCAUGCUUUUUAAUUUAAA